AUGACGCCACUGGAGGCUCACAGGAUGGUGGGGGGGUUGGGCGGACAAGGGUGCCCGGUAGGUUCAAGUCCCGAGCCCGAGAAACUGCCAGCCAAUGACAUUCAAGGCUUGCACGUGCAAGUCUUCGUCUACACACCGGCCCCAAAAGCAAGGCGCGCAACAACAGCGUGGACAAGGCAGGCAGGCGUCAACAGCGUGGACAAGGCAGGCAGGCGUCAACAGCGUGGACAAGGCAGGCACGCGUCAACAGCGUGGACAAGGCAGGCAGGCGUCAACAGCGUGGACAAGGCAGGCACGCGUCAACAGCGUGGACAAGGCAGGCAGGCGUCAACAGCGUGGACAAGGCAGGCAGGCGUCAACAGCGUGGACAAGGCAGGCAGGCGUCAACAGCGUGGACAAGGCAGGCAGGCGUCAACAGCGUGGACAAGGCAGGCAGGCGUCAACAGCGUGGACAAGGCAGGCAGGCGUCAACAGCGUGGACAAGGCAGGCACGCGUCAACAGCGUGGACAAGGCAGGCACGCGUCAACAGCGUGGACAAGGCAGGCACGCGUCGACUCUCGUCCUUGCUCUGCUCGUCGAGACCAACUGCCUCGCUCUUCUUCUCCCCCACCUCUUCUUUCCCCUUGUCCUCACUCUGCUGA